AUCUAGGGCUUUGUUAGAUAAGAUUAAGAUGAAGAUGAUGAGCAAAGAGAAGGUCUGUGCUUGGACGUCGAUGGAUAUUCAAGCUCGAAUAGGAAACCUCACAUGUUACGGCUUUUCUUCAACAUCUUCCUCCUCACCUUCUCCCUGUAGAUUUCUCUGUUCGCGUAAAGACUCUGAAAACUCUCAGCAAAAUGGUGAUAAGUUCUCAACUGACUGGGAUAAAGCAUGGUCAAACUUCAAGAAACAAGGGAAAAAAUCCCUCUUCUCUCAGUUUUCUCCAGAUAAAUAUGUUAGUUGGAAUCCAAGGCGUUCGGAAUACCCACUAUCUGAGGAGGUCGAUCCUAUUAAGAGGACAGAACGAUCGAACCUACAGCUGUGGACAAGUCCAGAGUUUACUCUCGGAGGAGCUAUUGUAAUACUAACAUUUCUUCUGAUCUACACAAUUCUUGCACCAGUCAAAUAAUCUGAUAUAGUUUUUGUUUCCCUACGAACGACUAAAUGGACAGAGGGAAGUGGUUUAGGAAAGAGAAUUGUAAAUUUAAGUCAAGCUAAUUUAUUUCACAACGAUUCUAGAUUCUCAAGUGCAA